AUAAAAAAAUGUGGUUUUGUUUCUAAAUGAGUAAAUAAUUUGGUGUUCGGCAAUUUCUGUGGGUAUAUACCUUCUGAUCAAAAAAGAACGAGAGGCCUAUUAUUAAAUUCUCGCGCUUAUCCAAUCGGUAUAACAAUGGCUCUACAAGUUUUCCCUGUUAUGUGUGGUGAUGAAGAAAGUAAUAGAAAUGUAACCGAGGAAGAACAAAUUAUUAAAGUAAGGGCUUUGUCCCCAACAGUAGCCAAAUUUGCUGCAAAGCGAUAUAGGGAGGACCCAGAACGAAUAGUCGAAGAAAUCACGGAAUUAAGAGAAUGGAUAUGCAAUCACAGAACUUUUACUAUGCGCAGAAAUGCACAAUUUCUGUUAUCAUUUUUGCGUCAAGCCAAUCAUGAUGUUGGAGCUGCGAAAGGAAAAAUGGAAAUAUUCUACUUAUUACGUGAAAAGUAUACAGAUUGCCUCUCAUCACCAGAUUUAAAUGAUCCAAGAAUCAAAAAUUUGAUUUGCAGUGGAUUGGUACAAGUUUUACCACGUCCCAUUCAUCGUUGGGGCCCGCGUGUAAUUUUGAUUCGACCUGGUGCUGCAGAAUCGAAAUUUUCAGAGUUCAUGCAAUUGAUUUAUAUAGCACAGGAGCUGUUAGUUAAUGAUGAAGAUAAUGCAGUCAUAUUUGGCGUCGUCUAUUUAAUAGAUUGUCAGAACAUAAACUUAAAAAAAAUGUGGAAUAUUAUACAUAACAGAAAUAAGUUUGAUAUGAUAUUUCGGUAUGGUCUGCGUCUACAAGCAAAAUCGAUUCAUAUUAUUAAUGCGCCCUUCACAUUGAAAGCGAUUUUAUAUUUGGCGAAACUAUUUUGUUUAAUUAAUACUACACGAUUGCCUCCAUACAGCUUAAAUCCAACUAAUUUGCAUGCCAAGUUUUCUCCAAAUAUUCUACCUAAUGAAUAUGAUGGUACUUUAGGUGAUCUGUGUUGUCUCAGUCAAAUAUGGGAACGCAAAGUGUGUGGUGGUGGCGAUUACUUGAUGGAAGAGUUCUUAUAUGGUCCCAUUAAUCCUCCAGUGAAAAAAACUGAAUAUUCUGAUGAUCACAUAUUAUUACAAAAAUUUAUUUCGAGAUUAAUUAUUUUCGGUUUGAACAUGAUUUCUAUUUUUUAGUAUGUUUAAAUUUGAAAAAGGAAAGAAAUCAGACUACACAGAUAAUUGUAUUGCUGUCUGUUAGGGAGUUAUAGCAAAAAGUACGUGCUUAAGUUUAUAAUUGGAAGAAUUCCUCGCAAAAUUUUGUUCUUAAAAAUUACUACCGGUUUCAAAUUGAGUCAAAUAAAACGUAACAGACCUACAAAACCAUAAAAGAA